AUUUCUUCAUUCGGAGAGGAGUGAGAGUACAAGCAAAGUUUAGCAACUAACAAGUCUAAAUUCACAGAACCACUGUCGACUUGGCGCCCUUGGCAAGCCAGAAUGAUCUUCAUCAUGAUGAACGUCGCCUUCCUGGCCAUCAUCGCCGCACUGAUGGUACACUACUUCGUGAAACAACGUCGCCCAAUGGCUCCAAUUAUCUACUUGGAAGGAAACAUCGCGGCUGGAAAAUCGACUCUCGCAGCCAACCUCAAGCGAUUGGGACUUUUCCCAGUACUGGAUGAACCUGUCAAAGACUGGCAAAACGUAGAAGGGCACAAUUUACUGGAACUUCUCUACACCGACCGAGCUACUUGGAGCUACCCCUUCCAAGUACUCGCGUUAGCCACGCUUGGCCGCCGCCAAACCAAAUUACUGGCUAGCCACCCGGAAGGACUGACUGUCCUGGAACGCUCGCCCCAAUGCUCACUGAGAGUGUUCGCCCAAGGCCUCGCCGAGAUGAGCGCCAUCGGCCAAGAACAUAUGGCCAUUCUACGGAUUCUGCGCGACGCCGUCGCCCCACCCACUCAACGACCCAUACAUUACAUCUAUGUACGCACGCCUCCGGCCAUAGCAUACCAACGAUUAAACUGCAGAGGCCGCACAGAGGAAGCAGGUGUCACUGUCGAGUACCUCACCCUGCUACACGACCUGACUGACACCUGGCUGCUACGAGAGGAAACCAACCCAGUUCACGUCCUGGAUGGAACUCUCACCCCUGAGCAACUGCUGGCAGCCGCUCUGGACAUUAUCCAGAACCUGAGAGAUGACGUCACGCCAGCCCAGGAGUCCCAGCCCAUACGCGAGGAGUAGUUCCAUGAGGCGGAACAUCCCAACUUCACGCGGUGUUGCAAAUCGUGACGACGGUUGUAACGUCCGUUUGGAGCUGUUGGAGUCUACCUGGCGUCUGAGAUGUUAAA